AUGGCGUCGAGCUCAGAUCAUCCUCGGGAUCCCACUUCCGCCCCAGUUGAGGGCAUCGUAGCUUCCCGGCCCACGGUGGUGAUUCACCCCGAGCUGCUCAGAGCCGCGCGCCGCGGAGACUAUGAGGGGCUGAAGAUUCUUCUGCACCGAGAAAAUGGAGCUGUGGCGGCGACGGGAGAACAGAUCGUUGUCGAGGUUCGUGACAGUGCGCCUGCAAGUGGCACACCGGCUUUGCUGCCGCAGUCCACUAGGGCGGUGGCGGUGGCGGUGGCAGAUCAGCCUCUGCCCUCGUCGUCGCCGCCCCUCCUAGCCGGCGGAGUGACCUUUCAGGGGGACUCCGCUCUGCAUGUGGUCGCUGCCUCCGGGGAUGGCCCGGCUUUCGUGAAGUGCGCGGGCUUGAUCUACCAGGAGGCCAAGCACCUCCUGGACGGCCCCAACAACAAUGGAGACACGCCGCUGCAUUGUGCUGCCAGGGCAGGGCACGGAGCGGUCGUCUCUCGUCUGAUUGCUCUGGCAGGCCAUGAGCAAGGCGGAGACGAGAGGGCCAAGGACGUCCUGACGAGACUCAACGGACGCCGGGAGACGGUGUUGCAUGACGCCGUCAGGAUUGCCGACGAGGAGCUCGUUUGCGAGUUGAUGUCAACAUGCCCGUUGCUGGCCCGGUUCCCCGGGGACGGCACCUCGGCGUUGUACCUGGCCAUCUCGUUGGGACACGACCGCAUUGUGGACCUGCUGCACUCCAAGGACCCGGAGCUGUCUUAUUCAGGACCUGCGCGGCAAAAUGCCCUGCAUGCGGCUUCUCUACAUGGCAGAGAAAUGACACAGAAGAUACUGGAAUGGAGCAACAAGGAGGGAAACAAUGCGAUCAUUGGACAUGCAGACGAAUCUGGGAGCACACCGCUCCAUUUUGCUGCCUCGGCGGAAGGCAGGGAGAUGGAAGAAGCGAGCAGUUUCGUCACUCGAUUCCUAUUUCGGCGGCCCGUGGACAAUCCUACGCCGAUACAUCUGCUACUUGAUGCUGACCAGUGUUCAGCAUGCCGGCCAGACAAUAGGGGGCAGUACCCUAUACACAUUGCCGCGUCGAUGGGAAAACUUGGGGUUGUGGCUCUCAUUCUUGACAAGUGCCCAGAGUGCGCCGGUCUGCGUGACGCCCGUGGGCGAACGUUUCUCCAUGUCGCCAUCAACAUGAGGAGGGAAAACAUAGUGGACUACGCCACUAAGGACCAAAGGUUCGAGUCUAUCCUGAAUAUGCAGGACAACGGCGGCAACACAGCGCUGCACCUAGCUGUCCAGGUUGGGGUGCUAAGGAUAUUCCGUGAUCUGUUACGGAAUAGGCAUGUAUCCUUGAAUAUGGCAAACGACAAGGGCCAAACUCCAGCUGACCUCUCAAGGAGCACUAUUCCAGCAGGGCUUUACUACAAGACGAAUGCUCGGAUGUGGAUACUUUGGUCCCUGGUAAAAGCCAAUGCUCGCAACGGCAAUGACAGGCGCGAUCACUUCCAGGAAAAGCACAUUCUUAAGCUAGAUGAGAGCAAAGAGUCGAAGAAAAUGACAGAGGCGGCCCAGAUGACUGGUAUUGGCUCUGUACUAGUUGCAACCAUGGCAUUUGCUGCAGCUUUCACCAUGCCUGGAGGUUAUAUAGCCAGUGAGCAUAAAAAUGGUGGCACGCCGACGCUCGCUGGUUCUUAUGCUUUUGACGCGUUCAUGUAUGCUGUCGCGGUAGCAUUCAUCUGCUCCAUGCUUGCCACGUUCAGUCUCAUGUACUCAGGUAUGGCCACGGUUGACUGGAAGAUCAGAAACAAUUACUUCAAUGACUCCUUAGGCUGGAUGUGGAAUUCCAGCAGAAGCUUGCUGGCCGCCUUCGCGCUGGGGGUAUACCUCGUGCUGGCGCCCGUAGCUGGUACCACUGCCGUUGGUGUUUGUAUUCUCACUUCGGGUACGCUACUCUUCAGAAAUAGGGAAGUCGGCCGAAUCCUUAUCUGCACAUAUACGUUGCACAAGAGACUCGGAAUCUUCAUAUGGGUGAGACUUGCUACCUCGAUCCUCCCAAUUAUACUUCAAUCAUACUUUGUCUACAUUGUUAUCCUCGAUCCUCCCAAUUAUACUUCAAUCAUACUUUGUCUACAUUGUUAUCUUCUUUUCCCCCGUAUGUUUUCACGGGAUUCUCAAGCACUUCCCAAUCUUGGGUGCAUCGAAAUAGGUUGAACAGGUCAUGGUCAACAUAGAAACUGUUAAAUGUGUAAUAUAUGUAACAGAGACUAUUGUAAGUUGUAACCUAUAUUGAUGAGAAAGGACGAUGCUUUGAUAUUGCUCCCGAUGA